CACACACGGAACACGGAGCGUCCGCAGUCGCAGUAGCACUCGAAGUCCGCAUCCGCAGCGUUUUCGAAUACGUUUUUCAAACACAUCCGUAUCCUAACCAACCCAAUCGAAUCCAUCACCGUGAUCGCGUCCGUAAUCGCGCCUUUUUGCCGUUCUCGAUGUUCCGGUCUUAUGUGAAAUCGUGUCCAAAGGAGUUCGAAACAUUAAUCUCAUCGGAUUGGAAAUUGGAAACAGAAAAGUUCGUUUCGAAACCCCAGUAUUGCUGGCCAAGAGAGUCGUUACAAUUUGAAAAGGCCGCUAAAAUCGUUUAAUUUACGAGCAAUUCGAGGAGCAGAAUAUAUAUAUCGAAAGUAUAUAUGGUUAGUGUUGUGUUAAAAAAAAAGAAUAUGAAAAAAUGUAUGAAAAUGUUGAAUUGUUGUUGCCAUAAGUUUUAAAGUGUGCUAAGUGCAACUCUCUUUUAAUCAACGAAAAAUACAACGCGUCCAGAAAAAGAAUCGUAAAACUGAAAAAAGCAAACAAACAUAAAAAUAAGCUCGUCAAAAAUGUUGGCCAAUCAAACUUUGGCCACCUAAAAACCAGCUGAGAUUGCUCCAUUCAUCGCUCCCCAAUUUUUAUCGCGGGAACAUCUGACAUGACAAGAAAGUCAUUGGCGUUGAUAAGAUGCAUUAUCAGCGGGGAAGACGAAGAUGAAGAUCCGCAAAAGCAACAGCAGCAAUUGAAAAGUGUUAAACAAGUCUACGAUAUGAUAACCUAAUUUCCUGCCAGGAAAGAGGCGAAAUAAGAUAUUUACCCAGAGAGUGACUCUUUAUACAAAGCAAAGUCAGUGAGAAAAUAAUAAAAAAAACGCAAUCGAAACGAAAGUAAAAGAUUUCUUAAACGGGGCGUUCAUAUGUUUCAACGACACACGAGGGCGUGGCGAAGUCGAAGGCCCAAUAAACUGGCAAACAAACAAUAAACAACAGGCGUUACAACAGCGACUGGCUCGAAAAUUAUAAACAUUCGGAUUCGGAAUCGAAAUCGGGCGGAAAACAACGGCUCGAGAAACCCCUGUGAACCGAAAGUGGUGAUCUUUGAUGCGAAGAAACCUGCGCUUGGACUGGAGGGCCCUGGCGCUGCUGGGCGCCCUCCUCUCGUUCAUCAUCGCCUGGCCGGGCCUGGUCUUCGCGAUGCCCCUCAUGGCCAUGGACAGCUCGAUGGCGCGCUCAACCCUAUCCACAUCCACAUCCACACACAAGCCCACAUCCAACAGCACCAACAAUAGCAAUCUGUUUAGUAAUAGUUAUCUACAAAGUGAUCAUAGUCGUAGUAGUUUAGUGCCGAGCGCAGUGAGUGAACAUAGUGUAAAUCAACCCGCAAAUCAAAGUAUUAAAGCUGAAUUUAAUCAGAGCUUAAGCACGCAUCCAGAACACCAAUCCCAAUACCAAUCCCCAUCCCGAUCCCAGGAGGAGGACUCCGAUCAGCUGGAGGAUCCGCUGGGAUUCGUCAUCUCGGCGGCGGCCAACGAGCACCUUGCGGUUUUGUCGCGUACCGAACGCAGCAUUCGUCACCAGAAUCAGCAGCAGCAGAAGAAGCAUCACCAUGCGCAAAAUCAUCAUCACCAGCAGCAGCAGCAGCCACAGUCGCCCGCUGACAAUAAUUUCAUUGGUUCGAAAUCGAAAAGACUGAGCAACCCUAGAAGUAAUCUAAACAUAAAUAGCAGUAGCAGUAACACACCCAUCAGCAAUCUGGACCGCAACGAGCGCUCCACGGUGCCCCAGUCCCACUUGGCCUGGACAUCCCGCAAGAUCCAGCUGUACAUCAAGAACCACAUCCUCCAGAUAAUGCGUGAUGGCGUUGUCAACGGAACCCAGUUCGAGAAUAGUGAAUUCACGAUCCUCCAGCGCUCUACGGUGGAUGUGGGACGCAUCAAGCUGCAGAGUGUGGCCACCUGCCUGUAUCUGUGCAUGGACGCGUGUGGUGUUCCAUACGGCUCGAAAGACUUCACCGACGACUGCGUCUUCAACGAGAACAUGGGCCUGCAGAACUACAACACGUACUCCUCCACGUACCACUCGCAGGCGCGGCGGGUCUUCUACUUGGCCCUGAACGGCAGUGGCCAGCCGCGACGCACCCAGAUCCCGGCCAGCCGAUCGCUGGGCAAGCUGAGCACCUACACGAACGCCAUCACGGAGACGGUGCCGCAGGAUCGGGUCGAGCAGCUGAUCGCCAAGACUUUUGGGGCCAAUCGCGUCAAGCACGGCGUGCGGCAACUCUGUGAUACGGGCAAGCCGCUGAUCGAGCUGAUCGAUGUGGCCAAGUUUAGGGGGCCGCCACAUUGCAGCAGCAACACAAGUGGCAGUAGUACUAGUAAAAGUAGUAGCACUAGCAGUAGCAGUAGCAGUUACGUUCCUGUGCCUGCGAUCGGCAGCCUGAGUAGUAUUAGUAACAGUAGUCAAAGCGAGAGCGGCCAUAUUAGCAGUAGCCUUAGCAGUAGCAGUAAUACCAGUAGUAGCAGUAGCAAUAGUAGUAGCCCCGGUGGCAAGAAGCCCAAUAGAAAGAAGAAGCCCCGGUGCAAGCCGCACGAGCAGGAGGACACCCACAAUUGCCAAAAGCGUGGAGGAGCGGGAUCGGGAGCAGGGGCCCUGAGAAAACUGGGUCCCAAGGCGCAGAGGUGCAAGGAGCUGCGCGAAAAGGCGGCCGCUGAGAAGAAAGCCCCGCCCAAUUGUGGCAAGAAGAAUGGGGCCAGGAGGAAUCCUGCAGAAUUGGCCAAGACGGUGCAGCAGCGGGCCAAGGGCAGCAUCCAGCAGCAGCAGGGUGGCAAGAGGAAGCCCAACAAAGCGGGAAAGCAGCGGCAGAAUGGAGGCAAAAAGCAGCAACAGCAGCAGCAGCAGCCAGCACAUCAGGUCAAGGCUGUUUCCGGUGGCAAGCGGAAGCACCGGAAGUCGGAGACGAGCACCACCACCACCACCACCAUGGCCACCAGCCUGGCCACGCCACCCGCAAGCCACUGGGAGAGCAGCUCGCCCAUUCCCGCCUUCUCCCUCAGCGAAACCAGCGAUCGGGUGGAGCGCAAUGUGCGCAUGAGCAGCGGCGAGGAUCAGGAUCAGGAUCAGAAUCAGAACCAGGAGCAGGGUGAUCCGGAGGAGGAGGCCGAGGGCGACGGGGUGUCCCUGGAGGAUGCCAGCUACGAGGACUCCAGCUCCGAGGCCCAGGGACGCAGCGGUGCAGCCGGCGACGAUUCGCUCUACUACGAUUUCGGACUGUUGUCCCCCCGGCGAUGAUCCGUGAUCCAGGUCAAUGCCAGCCCCACACUAAAGACGAUGAAUAUCAAUGUAUUACGACGGAGUCUCGAGUAUUUUAUAAGAACCUCUCAGCCAGCCAUUUGGAGUAUAACCACCAUCGAAAUGUAUGAUAAGCGCACGCCCAUCCAAUCAGAUAGUUGUAAAAUCAAAGCCAUAACCUUACGCAACACGAAUGACCCAAAGAGUCUAUUGAAAUACUUGAGUCUCUGUGGCGGAACUUUCACGUUCGGUUGACGAUAAAAAAUACUCAAAAAUACGACCACAUCGAUAAGUCUACCAGAAACAAAACAAGAAAAAUUAAAACUUGCAAAACGCUUUCCCAAUAUUGUAAACAAAUAUGUCGAGGGAAUCCAAUUGUAAAUAAAUACGCGGUUAGUCGUAAGAUCAAUUUAUUGUCUCCGUAUUGUCGAACCUCGCUGCCUCUCAGUGCGUAUGUAUCUUAAGCUCUGUAAAUCAAUUUUGAAUGCAAUUUUUACUGAGGUAUAUACCCCAUGCGAAACAAUAAAGCCAACGACACAUGGAAAACUAUUAUAAAUAAAAUUAAAGAUGGAAUGCAAAACUCACAAAUCACAAGAUUGUAUUUAAAUUUACAAAUACUAAUGAAACUAACAUGUAAUAUUAAUUUAUUCGAUCAACGAGAAAAAAGCGUGAAAUUAUAGUUUGUAGCUUUAACGAUGGAGUUAUUUAUUUAUUUGAGAAUAUUUAUUUAUAAACUACUCUUAAGAUGCUUAGGCCCUAGACUAACAAAACUUUGUUAUAAUUUAAUGCAUUGAACAAUGCAUUUCCAGAUAAAAGAAUAAACGAAAGAAGCAUGAGAAAAACGUGAAAAACGAAACAAAAAAAUAAAAUUAAAAAUACAUUUAUAUAAAAUUGAGAAUGCGUUUUAGUCGAAAUGGUAAGAAGAGUAGACCGAUAUACUGGUUCUUUUUUGCAUGGAAUUAAAAUUUUUUUAGCAUUUUGCACGUUGCCCGAAUUGAAUCCUAUUAAUUUACAAAAUUGUCACAUUCACUUAUUUAAUUUUUUGGCAUGGUUUUCUAUCCCCUCUAUAAG